GCGUACCAAGCAACCAAACAGGCGCCGUCGCGGGCAUAUCCGAUAACCGAUAAACCCCCUCCCACACUCUCCACUCUCGAGCCAUGGCCCUCGCCGCCGCCGCCGCCGCCGCGGCAGCGGCCGUCUCCUUCCCGCCCUUGCUCUCCCGUCCCGCCGCCUGCGUGCUCCUCCGCUGCGGCCGCCACCGCCGCCUCCCUCCCCUCCUCCUCCGCGCCGCCUCCUCCUCCACCUCCAGCGCCCCGGACUUCAACAUCACCUUCGCGGAGCCCACCGCCCCCGCCCCCUCGAAACCCAAACCCUCAUCCCCCGCCCCGUCCGCGGAGCAGGUGGUGCCGUGGAUCGUGCGUGGGGAGGACGGCAAGCCGUCCAUGCGCACCGCGCCGCCGCCGGACGUCCUCCAGGCCAUUGCGCUGGCGGAGGCGGAGGCCAAGAAGGCCAAGAAGGACCCCCGCAGGAGCCACAAGGGCGCCGCCGCCCUUGCCACCCCCGUCGCCAAUGCCAAGGUGAGGGAGAGGAAGGCCGCCCCCGCGACGGCGCCGCCCAAGUUCUCCAAGGCCGCGAGGAGAUUCUACAAUGAGAAUAUCAAGGAGCACGAACCGCAGCGGCUCGCCAAGGUCCUUGCCGCGGCAGGAGUGGCCUCACGAAGGACAUGCGAGGAGCUCAUCUUCCAAGGGAAGGUGACCGUCAAUGGUUCUGUCUGCACUGCACCCCAGACCAAAGUUGACAUCUCAAAGGAUUCUAUCUAUGUUAAUGGAAACCGCAUUUCCAAGAAGCUUCCUCCGAAGUUAUAUUUUGCUGUUAACAAGCCAAAAGGGUAUAUUUGUUCCUGUGGUGAACCAAAGUCCAUUAUCUCCUUAUUUGAUGACUAUUUGAAGGGUUGGAACAAGAUUCAACCAGGAGUACCAAAACCGCGCUUGUUUACUGUGGGUCGUCUUGAUGUUGCUACAAGUGGUUUGAUAAUAAUUACAAAUGACGGUGAGUUUGCCCAGAAACUCUCACACCCUUCGUCAAAUAUAAUGAAGGAAUAUGUGGUAACUAUAGAUGGACCAGUGCACAGAAAUCACCUUAUAGCUAUCAGUGAAGGCACAAAAAUUGAUGGCGUCAAAUGUAUACCUGAUCUAGUGGAACCAUUGGAUGUACAAUCCAAUACAAAAAGGACCCGGAUUAGAAUAGCGGUUCAUGAAGGAAGAAAUCAUGAAGUUCGUGAACUCGUGCAGAAUGCAGGCCUAGAGGUUUAUGCCUUGAAACGUGUUCGGAUAGGCAGGUUCAGGCUUCCACCAGAUCUCAGAAUUGGGAAGUUUGUUGAACUUAAACAAACUGAUCUCAAGUCACUGGAAGGCAAGAAGUAGAGUGAAAACCUGGGUCCACGGGUGCUAAUUUCGACGGUAAUGUGGAUCCGCACAACUCCAUCGAAGAAUAGCAAUUGCUCCUUCUCACGUCAAGGUGAAAGCUACUCCACACCAAUGCCUGUACGUUAAGUUGGUGCGGAUGGUGAAGAUAGACAAAGACAUACUUUUGGCUUGAAGAACACACAAGCUGCUUGGAAGAACAUUUUCCAGUGCCCAACAAGGCAGCAGUGUUUGGUGGUGGAGAUGGGAUAUUGUCAGGUUGAGGGUUAGUGAUAGAGGCUACACUUUAUCAAUAUAUAUGGUGGUGGAGAUGGGAUAUUGUCAGGUUGAGGGUUAGUGAUAGAGGCUACACUUUAUCAAUAUAGAUGCUCUUACGUGAGGUACAGGAGGUAUACGAACCAUUUUGCUACACGAUUCAACACUUAUCAACAAGUAGCAAUCCAGGAGGUAUACGAACCAAAUUCUCUCGUAAUCUGUAUUUUGAGCAGGAAUUAACCAUGUUAUGGUUCUGCUACAGCUGGAAUAUUAUUGUGAUUGACAAAAGCAUGUUCCUUUUUAUUCUUGAA